AUGAGCUUUGAUUAAUUAUUGUUGUCUCGACCAAUUUAUAGUCCAAAUCACAAAUCACCAGCCUUCACUGUUCAUUCGCACAAUCCAACUCCUUAUAGUAUUACAACUCUAGUUUCUCCUGUUGAAUCUCCAAGAAUAGGAGACUUAUCAACAAUUCCUAAAACUUCGGAAAGAGGAUAAUUGUAUGACAAAUUGAAGGCCAGCUUGAAAAAUCAAGAAGUAAUAAAGUCUAUAUAAAAUGGAAUCAAAGGUUAAAAAGUGAGGGAAGCAUAUAAUUUACUAUCUGAUUUCAAUGAUAAAACUUAAAUAAUAUAAUCUUUAAAAUAGUUGUCUACAGCUGAAGAAAGGAUUUUACUCAUCGAUAAAAUUUUGGAGAGAAAAGAGGAGAUGUAAGUAGCCACUUUAAGAUUAAAAGCUAAGAAAUUAGAACCGAUAUUUAAUGUUAUAAGGAGGAAACUCAAACUAAAGCAAAAUUUGAAUUAAUCCUCAGAUAAAAUGAAGAAGUAAUCGAUUUUGUAUUCAAAAUCCACCGAUCCUACCAACGAUAUAUAAAAUCCAAUGCAUUCUUAAAGAAAUUUAGAUGAAUAAUAAUAAGAUGAAAACACACGAAAAGAACUAGUUAUGGAGAAAAUACAAACUAAAUAUGCAGCAUCUGUUGCGUUUGCUUGGUUAACGAAUAGAACUGAAAACAAAGAAUCUUUAAUCCAGAAUUUAUCUCCAGAUUCUAUCAAAAGGCAUAAUCGAAGGAAUACUACCUUAAAACAAAGUCACAAAGGGAUAACUGGUUUAAAGUAGAUGAUCACCAAAAAAGUGAGUGAAAAUUCAGAUGAAAUGAUCAGAUUGGGACAGUUGAAGAUGUUAGAAAAUUAAUAAAAAUGUUAUAAGUCUAAGGACAUAAUAGCAAAAUCAAAACCAAAAGUAGAUACAGGCAGAAUAAAGAGUGUAUAGGCUAGUAGAUCAUUAAGGAAAAAAUAGACACUAGAAUUCUUCACAAACGAAAGAAAAGAGAAUUCAGAGUUAACUUAAUAAAUAGAAAAUGAAAAAAGUAAUUUCAUGUUAAGGAGAAGAUUAAUCAUCAAUGAAUGA